UUUUACGUUAUCACGCAAUGACAUCACAACGUCAUCUAGCAACUUUUAGCAACAAAUCAACCUGCGUCUAAUAUAUAUAUAUAUAUGUACAGUGUGCUUUGGACUUGCCUCGCCUAGUCACAAAUUUAAUUUAAAGCCCACCAUUUGUGUCACUUAUGGGAAAAUGUGUGUUUAAUGAUGACUUCAGAAAUGAGAGAGACUUCCCCACCAAUUGCUGCUGGUGUAUGGAUAGCUGUCAUAUCAAGUUUCAUCAAUGGAUCUACGUUUGUGCUUCAAAAAAAGGGAAUAUUACGAUCCCGUAAAAGAGGUGGGUCCUAUCUAAAAGAUGGCGUAUGGUGGAGCGGUACACUCUCCAUGAUUGCGGGACAGAUUGGGAACUUCCUGGCCUAUAACGCAGCCCCUGCUGUGGUGGUCACACCUUUAGGAGCCCUGGGGGUGCUGUUUGGGGCUGUUCUGGCCUCCUAUAUCCUCCAGGAACAGCUGAAUGUCCUGGGGAAGCUGGGCUGUGUGUUGUGUUGCUGUGGUUCUGUCGUGCUCAUCAUUCACUCCCCUAAAUCAGAGAGCGUCACCUCUAGUCUGGAGCUGGAAGAGAGGCUUGCUGAUCCAGUGUUCGUCGCCUAUUCCUCGUUAGUGGUCCUACUACUGGUUGUGCUGAUGGUGUGGGUGGCCCCAGCUCACGGCACGUCCAACAUCAUGGUGUACGUGUCCAUCUGCUCCCUCCUGGGGAGUUUCACAGUCACCAGCUGUAAGGGGCUGGGCCUGGCUGCUCAGGAUGCCUUCAGCGGGGGGCCUUCCAGCAGCCGAGCCCUUGGUCUCUUCCUGGGUCUACUGGGAACCCUGUCCGUCAGCAUCCUCAUCCAGUUCACCUUCAUCAACAAGGCUCUGGAGCACUACAGCUCCAACAUGUUUGAAGCCAUUUACUAUGUGGCCUUCACCUCUACAGUCCUCACAGCUUCAGCCAUCUUGUUCAGAGAGUGGACCACGGUGGGUUUAGUAGACUGCCUGGGCAUGCUGUGUGGGCUAACCACUGUGGCUGUUGGGGUCCUGUUGCUCCGUAUCUCCUCAGAGGCCUCACUCACCUGGAAACCAGCUGCUACAGGACCAGAUAAAAUGGAUUAAACAGAGGCUUGUCAGUCUCAGGGAGAUUAAUGCAGUGUUUAUUGGUUCAUUUGGGGCCAUAUUUUUUUUAAAUAUCUUGAAUAACAUAUAUAUUGUGAAUUGCAUUUGUAUCUAAUAAAAUACUUGAAUAUAAGUUGAAGAAUCUUACCGGUGGAUUUGCGAACAACGUACCUGUUGUGCAAUAUUUGUUGCUCGCCAUUCUCAAGGGCUCAAUGAUAGUCAUGUCCUGUUGUGUUCAAGCACACGAAGCAGCAUUGUUGCUGUUUAAUGUGCUAGAUGUUUGCUAUUCUAACACUUGUCAAGUCAGUGUCAAUCCACGUGGACUGGCUGUGUAAACCAAAGAACCUAACUCGUGUGUCCGAUUGAAAAGUCUUAACUUACAACGUGGUCAACUUUGUCAGUAUGGGGUCGUCUUUUAUAAUGAAGUGAAAUUAACUCAAUGAUUUUGUAUUUUACUACAAUAAAAGGCAAAAAAAAAUUAAAAAUCUUAUCUUGUGACGUGUUUGCAAGGCCUCAAACAACGAUGACGUGGCUGUCGAUUAGGCAGCCCCAUGCAUCUCUUAUUCAGAGAGUUGGUUAAAUGCACUCUGUGCUGCAACUGACUACGUAUCCCCUUCACGGGGGAGAGAAGUUCAACCACCAUUUCACUACAGCAGCCCUUCUAAAUGUGGACCAGGCGAUGUGUUCUCACGCACCUAACAGGUUCUACCCACACGUCCUCUUGUGAGAAACUACCAAAAUAACAUUUCAUUCUUUUAGAGUCUUCUUCAGUCCGUUUGGACUCCCUUCAUGUCCAAUGACCAUUCGGUCCAUUUGUAAACCUUUGGAACUAUGCCUAUUCACAUAAGCAUUGUGGGUAAUUGAAUUAUUUAGAGAGUAAUUCUAGACAGUCACAACAGUGUGGCGGGGAACUGGGACUCUUUUUUUUUUGUAACGUUGGAUCAAAGGACUCACAAAGGCUGGAGAGAAAAGUGACAACAUUUUGGUUGAAUCUCGGCAGGUAAAUGUUAGAUAUUAUUCUCACUAAUUCAAUAACUGUAGGUAUUAUAUUUGGAUUUGUGUUAUUGCUUGGAAAAUACAUUGCAGCUCUGAAGAAGCA